AUGAUCCUCCUCGGCCUGACCGGGUCCAUCGGGAUGGGAAAGAGCACGGUGUCUCGAGCGCUGACGGACAUGGGGAUCCCGGUCAUGGACUCGGACGCGGUCGUGCACGAGAUGUACGCCCCGAGCGGCGCCGCGGUCGAGCCCAUCGACGAGCUGUUCCCCGGCGCGAAGGGCGCGGACGGCGGGAUCGAUCGCAAAAAACUCGGCGCGCUCGUGCUCGGCGACGACGACGCGAUGGUCAAGCUCGAGGCGCUCGUGCACCCGCUCGUGGACGCGGAGCGCGCGCGCUUCCUUCGCGCCGCGGAGGAGGAAGGCCAGAAGCUCGUCGCGUUCGACAUCCCGCUGUUGUACGAGAAAGGCUACGAGGGAUCCGUCGACGUCGUGAUGGUCGUCAGCGCGGACGCGGAGGCGCAACGCGCGCGCGUGCUCGCGCGGCCGGGGAUGACGCCGGAGAAGUUCGAGAGCAUCCUCGCGCGGCAGGUCCCGGACGAGGAAAAACGGAGACGCGCGGACGUGGUGAUCGACACCGGGUGCGCGUUGGAGGAGACGAAAGCCGCGGUGAGGAAGGCGGUCGACGCGUUGACGAGCGGCGAGAUCGCGACGAGGAAGACGAAGAGGUGA